CCUCUGUCCCUCCUAAAUUCAAGGACACCCAUUCCUGUCUUUGCUCUCUUUAAUUGAGAGAACAAGAAGCAAACUCAAUUGCCAUUCACACCGACUCUUUCUCAGGAACGCGUAUUGAACUGGUAAAAGAAGCUUCUUGUUUGGUGUCUAACAUUUGAUCAAUCGGGCUGUCAAAAGAGAACUAUUUUUGACAGCCCGAAUACAGCUUCAAAGACCCUUUACAAAGAAUAAGGUGAUUGAUUAUUUAACAUACAAUACCUGGUUUUUGGGUUGUGACCAAAGUUGAAAUUCGGUUGCUUGCCUGGAUUCUUGGCCUUUUGUUGUGUAGAUUGUUGUUAUAUCGGAUUGUGUGCUUAUGAGAGGUUUUUUUCUUGUUUAUUCAAUAUGAGUUCCUUGUCUGGAAUGCUUCAAAGACCAGUGAUUGCAGCAGCUGCAGCAGCUUUAGCUUCUGUUUCUGUUGAUUUUUCUGAUAAACUCCAAUCUUUUAGAUCAUUUGAUUCUUGUUCUACCUCGGAACAGUCAAGUUCUUCAUUGUCUAAUUCAGUUCACGAUUCAAACUUUUCAUGGGUUUCUCACAGUUCAGUUUCUAAGCUUGCAUCUUUGUCGUUCGUAACUAGGAUUCAGAUUCCUGUUCCUAAAUUAAACUUCGCAGUCCUGGAUGUGAGCCAAAAUUUUGUUCCCAGUUCGUUAGGUUUUUCUGUUGCUUCUUCUCCUCUUCUUGUUAGUCUGUAUCAGUCUGCGGAGUUGGCCAAAGGGCCAAAACAAAGUGCAUUUAAAACCACCAAUAUUCCUUCAUCCACUCCUGAUAUUUUGUAUAGAUGGAAUUUGCCCGAGCCUAGUACUAUUGAUGUUUCUGGGUCUUCUGAUUGUUUAUCAGAAAAGUCCAGGACAGUGGUAGUUUUGUUAGGGUGGUUAGGAUCAAAGCAGAAACAUCUAAAGAAAUAUGCUGAGUGGUACACUUCGAGGGGAUUUCAUGUCAUUACUUUCACUUUUCCAAUGGCCGAUAUUCUUUGUUACCAAGUUGGUGGGAAAGCGGAGCAGGACAUUGACUUGCUUGUGAACCAUCUGACUGAUUGGUUGGAAGAGGACAGGAAGAACUUGGUUUUCCAUACUUUUAGCAAUACCGGAUGGUUAACAUAUGGAGUUAUACUUGAGAAGUUUCAGAAACAAGAUCCUUCCUUAAUGGGAAGGAUUAGGGGCUGCAUCGUGGACUCUGCUCCUGUUGCUGCCCCAGAUCCUCAGGUCUGGGCUUCAGGUUUCUCUGCAGCUUUCCUGAAAAAUCAUAGUAUUGCAACAAGAGUGCAUAUGAGCUCAAAAGAAUCAGAUAUGGAGGUGCUAGUUGGCAGCAAAACACUUGUGGAACCCAAGCCUGCAAUAACUGAAUCAGCUUUGUUAGCAAUUCUGGAAAAGUUCUUCGACGUGAUCUUGAACCUUCCUACAGUGAACAGGAGGCUCUCGGGUGUGCUAAGCUUAUUAUCAUCAGGACAACCAAGCUGUCCACAGUUGUAUAUAUAUAGCUCUGCAGAUAGAGUCAUUCCUGCAGGGUCUGUGGAAUCAUUCAUAGAGGAGCAGCGAAGAGCGGGGCAUGAGGUCAGGGCCUGCAACUUUGUUUUCACACCUCAUGUUGACCAUUUCAGAAACGACCCAAAACUCUAUACUACCCAGCUCAGCCAGUUUUUAGAUGACUAUGUGCUUACUCGUUGCAAGUGUUCUUAGAUGAAACAGCUGAGGCGAUUAUUUUAACCCAUAUUCUUUUUCCCCACUUAUCACGUUAUACAGCUCAGAUUCUUUUUCAUC